GCCAGCCUGUACCUUACGCGAAAUUUGGAAUCUGAAUUGCUUCAAUUCCACUCAUUCACCUGUCAACUACUCUGCACAUGGCUCCAUAACCAAUUCCACAACCCAGCCCAACAAUGCCCAUCUCCCAGCGCCCAGCAGUGCGCUUCUUCGUGACCUUUUAUAGAUGGAGUCGGUAUACACAGAGCCCACCGCGAUGUAGCUUCAACCACCGUUUCUACUACCGCCAUGCUGGGACGGUAAGACCUGUGAAUAGGUAUAGUGGCUCGAGGGGCUUUUUUGGGGUAUUUAAGCCGAAAGAGACGGUGGCAGGUCAGAAAGAGGUGGGAAUGGAAGAGAAUAUUGGGGAACGGGAGAUGAAAGAGGACAAUAUACAGGCGCUGAGUGACCAAGACGCAGGGAAAGCGAAGGUUGAAGAGAUUGCUGAGGUUAGGGAGUCUCCACUUAAGGAAGAUAAGAUCAAGGAGGAGGAUAGAAGUUCAGAGCUGAGGGAGGAGGUAAAUACUGGCGAUGCCGCCGAAACCUACAUUGAAAGUCUCGCAAAAGAUGCGCCAAUGGUGGCGGCUCACGAGAGGUCGCAAAGCGAGGAGGAGACUGGGGGUACGGACAAGAAUAUUAGUGCAGGGGACAGUAGCUCGGAGCUGAGGGACGAUAUAAGUACAGGAGAUGCUAAAACGUUCAUUGAAAUUCUCACAAAAGAUGAGCAGAUGGUAGAAAAGGAUUCGGCUCUCGAGAAAAGGCAAGAAAAUUUCCCCGAAGAAGAGACGGAACGCUCUUCUCUCCAACCUUCAAACCCCACAGGCCAGGAAGACGGAGUUGAAUUCGACGAUUUCACCCCAAACAAAGGUUUGGCGGAUAAAGGCUCGGCAGCGCUACGCGAGAAGGUGCGACAGGUCAUGCGAAACGUUUCUCAUCCGGUCGUCCUCGUCACGGCAGCUUCAGCUGACCCCAAGUCGAAGGAAAUGGUUACACGCGCGAUGGCCGUUUCUUCUUUCAACACCAUCACUCUCGACCCUCCUACUAUCUCCUUCAAUGUCCGGCAGCCAUCACAUACCUCCGAUGCCAUUAGGGCGGACCGCGGUCGUUUUCGCGUUCAUUUCCUUCAAGCUAAUACUGUGGGAGCUAGGAUCGCCGACCUAUUCACAAGGGGAAAUUCAGACGAGGCUUGGUCAAAUCUUGCGAAGCUCAUACCUUCGAGAUACAACAACAGAGUCAGCAAGUCUCGACACUCGCUUACUAAUGCCCCCUAUGUGGAUAGUCCCGCUGUACUAGCCUGCAUGGAAUGCGAGCUUGUCAACGAAGUGAAAGUUGCCGACCAUGUCAUCGCUAUCGCGAAGGUGUUGAGGACAACAGCAACGGCAAAAUCCAGUUCAUACUCUACCCUUCAAUAUCAUCAAGGGACUUAUGCUGGCGAUGGAGAACCUAUUUUCAGCCGACAAGAGCUAAUCGCACCGGAAACGUUAGCCUUUAAUUAUUACGACUUGCCUGUCUUUCCGGGAGACGCGGAGCGGCAUUUCCUCUUGCAUCGUAUCAAGCAAUAUGUGGACUCUCGACCCCAGCUGUUGCGUCUUGAUGUCAGCAAGGCAACCAAUCAGAUCCGCGCCGAUUUCAACCUACGUCUGGGAGCUUUGGGACUCAAUGUUCGGUCUCUACUUGCCCAUGCUUCUCGAGAAGCCGGGCUUUCAACCGGUGAUCUGGUGUUUCAACCAGUCUUGUACGACUUCUAUGGCAACGUGAACCCGGAGAACAUCGCCACUAUUGUCGAUCGUGCGAGACAGCUAGCGCACAAACAUCCCGACGUCCUGCAAGCGCACUGGAUAGUCCUAGCGGGUUUCCUCGGCGUCGAUCCAUACUGUAGCGGCCUCCUUGCUAGCGACAUUCUCGAGUCACUCAGGGAGGAAGGACUGGUUGGAGCGUUCCAGCCCGGGAGAGACGUCUUGCAAGCGAAGGGAGUGCACACUCUCGAAUUUAUUGAACGCAUCGAGCAUAGGUUGAAGGAAAUCUUCUUGCGAUACGAUCCUUCCACGGCCAUGGCGUUGCGAACGGAGCAAAUCUCUCCGAAUAUCAACCACAACCCCUGGCUCAAAGGCUAUAUUAAGCAGGUCCGCGGUCGACUACAUGUUGAAACCGCGCGAGAAUUUUUCAAGAGGCGGAACGUGGAUAUCUCGGGUGAAGUCACCGCAGUCGAAAGGAGGGUCGUUGUCGCUCGCAUCCUCCGCUACCAUGUCGGUCAUAUGAUUAACUUUCUGCCGCGACUGGCAGUCCCCGAAUGGGGCAUGUGUUAUAACGUCGGAAUACACCCGCUGGUCUCAGGCGUUGAUAUCACUUUCCUUCGUUCUAAGUUAGCACACUUGUACUACAAGACUAAAGACCCUGCGGCUUUUGUGCAAAUCGUCGAGAAGGAGAUUACGUCUAAAUGGUUUGAUAAAGAACUCUCCCAGGAGGAACUCGAACGCCGAAUCCACGAAUACGUCGACCGGGAUCCACGUCGCGCUGUCAGAUGGUCGAAAGAGGAUCUCCUCGCCGCCAUUGGAAUCGAUCAAGACGCAGUGGUUGUAGACCCGGAUAAAGGCGUCCGUCAUAAAGUGUGGUUAUACCGACUAUCACCACUCAUCUUAGUGCAAGCCCUCCGUAAGAAAUUCCCGGACAAGGAUAAGAUUGAUGACCAGGAAAUCGCGGCGUUCUUGGAUCCGCCAAAGAGGGUGAAGAAGUUUAUGACGUCGCCGCAGGGCGAUGGUAAUGCACCACAACAGAAAACGGACCUAUAUAUUCCAAAGCCGGAGGCUUUAGAAGAGCGACCGAUCACUGGAGGAGCGAAGCCAAAGUUAAAGAAGCCCAAUAUGAAGGUGAGAUAUGGUGUAGGCUCGCCGGAAGGCACUGCUGCACCAAAGGAAGAUACACUUGUUAGGAGGGUUAACUCUUCGACUGGCGAGUUUUGGACGGCGGAGGUGGUUGAGGGAGGCGAAUAUGUUCCUUCUUUUCGAAUAAGGAAGGGUUGGGUUGGGGCGUAUGAAGGUCCGAGGAAUCCAGCCGAGACAGAGACACCGGCGAGGCCGGAGAAGGGGGAGGGGUUUCAGGGGUAUGGGUUUGAGGGGAGGAAGGAGUGA